GAAAUUCAGACCACUCUUUCAACAGCACCAAUCUAACUCGUGUCGAACGUUGGGCGUUGAGGACUCGUCCAGGGGGUUUGCGAACAGGUGUGCUGCUCGGCUGUCUGGCCACGUCUACCAAGAAUGUCGACGCCGCGUUUCCUGAGGACGGCAAUUGAAGCAUGUCGACCUCAUAAGGUAUGGCAUUCUCUGCGCAAUUGUUUGCAACUCCUGCAAAUCCAUCCCUCCACUCUUUUGUCUGAGAAUCAAAAAUUUUUGGAUUUCAGCCUUCGAGAACUCUAGCUAACCCUCGGUCAUUCAGUCUCUUGCUAUUCGCAGUCACCCUCAAAUCCUUUCUUCGACGAGACGUGAUUUCUCCUCCAACCUCCCACGAUGCCUUCCCGAAGAUAUAACAGCAGGCUUCCCUAUGCCGAAGAUUGGCGUUCACAAGCUUGACGUCGAUGAAGCACCAGAGACCACAGAGACCAAGCCGAAGCGACGGCAAGAAGCUAAAACUAAGAUUCCAAAUGCCACAAAGCCUGCCCGAGCAACGGCUCCGUCUCAAGAGCCAGCCGCUCCCUCCACCAGCUCGUCGUCGUCACCUCCUCCACCUCCGCAAGAUACCGAAGUAAAGAGUGCCCCUACGUCCGAAGGAGCUCCUUCGACGACUACGCAACCUCCCGUCCCUCCAAACGUCCUUGCCGCUUAUCGCACACCUCUGCGCCAUAAGCCAAAAUACGGUAUUCCUGUCGCGCAGCUCCAGCUGCAUUCGUUCUCCGUGCGUAAUUUGCAAUUCUACUCCGACUUCUGCGUCCGAGCAGCGUACUACCUGGGACUUCCAUGCUCGGGUCCAGCUCCGCUCCCGCGAAAGAGAGAGCGCUGGACCGUCCUGAGGAGCAAUUUCGUCCACAAGAAAUCUCAGGAAAAUUUUGAGAGGAUUACAAUGAAGCGACUGAUAACAAUCUACGACGGCGAGUCUAGUGUUGUGGAGACAUGGCUCGCCUUUAUAAGAAAGUGGCAGUUUUAUGGUGUGGGUUUGAAGGCGAAUGUGUGGCAGUGGGAGGAGCUGGAUGUUGCCGGCAAAAUGGACAAGGAAUUCAAGUCCCUUGAAAAGGAUCUCGACGACAAAUUGCGCCUAUUUGGUUUCAACAAGUCUGCAGCUCACAAGACCGAUCUACUCAACCUAAUGGAGAGACAAAAGCACAGACAAGUCGGUGUGCCAAUGAGUGAGAUUCGGGAACAAUCUAGAACGACACAGGAUCCAUUCUAGAAGCAGCAGCAACUCACGAAAAGUUGAGUUGAAGGGCAAGAUGUGGAUAUGUAUGAUGUACAAACAAGAGCGAAGGUCAUUCUAUGGGAUCAGAUAUUCGUCGCGAACACGAUGUCUUGUGAAGUACCUGGAAGCGAAUUUACUGAGCAAAUCCCUACGAUGCAAUACUCGCUCCAUUACCCUCUUUUGGAGGGUUAGCUAGCUAGGCACGGUACUGUAGCAAUAUUGUACGACUACUUUAUAUGUUCGGCAGUUGGCCUGUGCUUGAGUUGCUUCUGAAUGUCCGCUUUUUGGUUGUAUCAGUGGUAUAUACUACUUGGAAACAGCUACAGAAUCACGUCUCGAUAGAAGUGAGUGGAAGAAAAGAUGUGUUCAGCUGGAAACGCUCUCAUUGGGAAACUCCUCUUGGCAAGGCAAACCCAUUUCUACUGUAUAUUCUGAUCAUCCCUAAAUUUCUCCUGCU